AUGAAUUAAGGAUCAUCUUCAUUUAGGAACAAUUAAGAUUAAUAAAUGCGAGAUGUUUUAUAAUUAAAUCAAAAACAUCAAUAACGAAAUUACAACAAUGAUAUUGCAAUGAUUCAGGCAGCCAAAGAUGCAAUUGUAUUAUUUAAUAUUAUUUAAGUAUAGACUUCAAGUGUACAUAUGAGUAAUCUAUUAAAAGACAGAAAAGAUUAAUAUGAUAUUGUAUUAACUUAGCGUAAGUACAUAUGGAAACAAGAAGAAUAACUUUAUAAUGAAAUAGAUCAACUUAGAGAUACUCAUAGAAGAUAUUAAGAGAGUAUAAAUCGUUAUGGAAUUAGAAAUAACAAUUUAGAGACAGAAAUACAAAGUAAAUUUGAGUAAGUGAAUACAAAACUGAAUUUCAUUUAAGAAGAAAAAAAACAAGUGUUAAAUAACUUUAAUCUAAUUUAAUAAUCAUUAGUGAAUAGUAAAUCUAAAUUAUCUAGUAAUGGUUAAUUUGUUAUUGAAAGCAAUUAAUAAUAUGAUAAAUUAGUAGAUUUCAUACAUAAAUAAGAACAGAAGGUUAAAUUGUUAAAGAAUGAUCAAACUAAUUUAGCUAUUAAUUAAAUUAUACCAUUUGAUUCCAAACUCUAAUAAAGUAUGCAUUUCAAAUAAUUUUUAUUCAGUGGCUUAAGAUACAUAUGAAAAACAGCAAAAAUAUGUUUAUUAAGGAACAAAGUUUUAAGGAAAUGAAUUACAAAAAAUAGCAGCAUUUAGCACUUUGAGAAAGAAGAUUGAAUAACAUAUAUAGAAAAAAGGAUUCUAAGAUGUAAUUUUAGAUUUGCCAUUCAAAUUAGAUGAAAAAUAUUAAAAAGAAAAUACUAAAACAAUAGAAUAUGAUUCUACUCUACAAGAACUUGAUGAAUUUAGAAAAGAGUAUAUUGCAUAAGGAGGAAAUGAUCCAAAAUUUCUAUAAGAAAUUAAUGAAUUAGAGAGAUAAUAUAAGGAGAGUCAUCCUUUAGGAAUAUUUGAUUCAUAUAAUUAAAUGAGUCACACAAAAUUACAUAAUCCAGAUUAAGUAUCUUAAAAUCCAAUAUUUUCAUAUUUACCUUAAUAAUAUCAGAAGGAUAUUUUAGAUUUGGAAUAUAAAUUAAAAGAAUAAAAAGAACCAGAUCUAAAGAAUCCUUAAAUGAAUAAAUAAUUACUUAGAUCUAAAUUAAAUGUAAGUGAUUCAAGUAAAAUUGAUGAAAUAAUAUUGGAGAAUCUUAGAUUUUAAGAAAGUGAAUUAUUAUUGAAAUCUAAAAAUAAUGAAUAUUACAAAUUGAAAUAUAAUGAAAUUUAGAAAUUAAAAUAGAUUCAUGAACGUAAUUAUUUAGAAAAGAAAGUUUAAGAAUAAUUAGCUUAAAGGUAGAUUGAAGAUGAUAUGUUAAAUUUUAAAGAAAAAGGAUAAACAAAUUUAACAUAUUUAUAAUAGUUAUAGUAAGGUAUUGGUACAAGACCUUUAUUUUAUGAUUAAGAUUUAGGAUUUGUAAUAAGAAUUGACUUUGUUAAUAAAUUACCUAUCUGUUAUGAUUAUGUCAAAAUAGGUUAUGGUAUAUUUAUAAAAAAGUAUUGAUUAUUUUAAAAUAUUUAAUAGUAUUGAUGAACCAAAGACAAUAAUGAAUACGAAUUAACAUGAAUGUGCUAAUGAGAAUAUAUAUUCUAAGAAAUGUGUAAUUUAAGAGAGAUUUGUAGAAAGAAAUCAUGAUAUCUUUAGAGAUACAUAUCUUUAUAUAGUAUUAUGGUGUUUUAGUCAAGAUUUUGGUAGUGGUAUGGUACCAAUAUAAGUUGGUUGGUCAAUACAUAAACUAUUUGAUGAUGAAAAACUAAUAUCAGGAGGAUACUUAUUACCUGUAUAUAAUUCCAAUUUUACAUUUGACCUUCAAAGAUUACCUGAAGUAUAAGAAAUUAAGAUAGGUUUAAGGAUAUGUUUAGUAGAUGAUGAAAAUUUAGAUUUGGAUAAUAAAAUAAUGAAUUUAAUGGAUUAUAAAAUAUAAACAAUUCAUUUAAAAUAAUCAGAAUUAAUUGAUUAAGAAAGAUAAAAUAUUUUUAAAGAAUAUAAAAUUAUUCCACUUCCUGAAGAAUAUUUAUUAGUAAGAACAAAUGAAACAAAAUUAUGGUAAUCUGAACUUCCACCUAAUGUUUAUAAAUUGAUUGAUUAUAAUUUUAUGAAUGAAGAAGAAGUAGCUUUAAAAUAAUAAGAAUUGGAAUAUGAAGAAAGGAGAAUGAAUAGAUUAAAUCGUCCAAAAAGAAGAUUUAUGGGAAAAUAAGGUACAAUAGCAAGAGGUUCUUCUGAAAGAAAGAAAACUACACUUACAUUCAAAUAAAGAUUAGCCUUAAAGAAAGGAGCAGCUACACCAGGAACUACAAAAGCUAAAUCUUCAGAAAAAGAAUAAACAUCAAAACCAUAAUCAAGACCAUAAAGUAAAGCAGAUACUUCUAGAAAAAAAGUAGAUGAAUCUAAAUCUACUACUAGAGUAUAGGAAAAAGAGAAAAGUGCUUUGAUUCCACUUAAACCAAGAAAGUUAAUGUUUAAAUUAAGAUCAUUAUCUUAAAUUUAUGUAGGAGGUAUUACAACAUUAACAUUGAAGUUAGCACUGUUUUAAGGUAUUUAAUUAUUAGAUGAUGAUGAUAAAAAUAUGUGUGUAUUUAGUAAAGAAUUAGAUCCUGAUGAAAAAGGUGACAAUUAUAUAAAUUUUAAUGAAUCAUUUACAUUUGAAUUAAAUUUAACUCAAUAUUUUGAAGAUUAUGAAGAAGCUGAAAUUCUGAAUACUUAUUUAUUUAUAGCAAUAUUUAAAGAAGUAACUAAUUUAUUUGGUUGGCAUGCAAUUUAAGCUUUUGAUACUUCAGAUGAAUAAUUCAAAGUAAAAAGUGGUAUCUAUUAUGAAAAUUUAUUUGGACCACCAGGUUAAGCACCACCUUUCAAUUUUAAUAAAGCUAAACGAUUAAAUACUUAAAUUAAUUUUAUUAUGAUGCAAGAUGAUGAUCGUGUAUUACAAUUACCAACUAUUGAUAAUUAUAAACUUGAUUAAAAAUGUAAAAUAUUAAUUAUUUAUAAUUUUUAGUAUUGACUGAAGAAGACAAAGAAAAAAGAAAGAAAAUAUAUUCAGUUGCUAAUCCUAAAUGGAAUACUUAAAUACGUUUAGACAUUUCAUCAUUAAGAAACUUUUAAUCUAAAGAUGAAUUUAUAAUGAAAACUAUUGUAAUUGAAGAAGAAAACAUUAUAAUAGAUGCAAUAGAUAGAUAAUGUAUAAAAUUUGAUCAUGUUUAAUUAUUUGAAGGUACAGGUAAAGGUGAAUUUAUUGCUAAUCAUUAAAUAAUAUUGAGAAUUGGUACUAGAUAUUUAGUAGAUACAUUUACAACUACUUUUAAAAAGUUAAAUUAUUUAUUUAGUUUCUUUAUUAAAUAAUAAAUUGUAGGAGUGUGUAAAUUUCCACUCUUUUCUGCAGGAGGUGCAUUAAAUGUUGGAUCAUAAAGAUUAAUGGUUCAUGAUCUUGAUGAUGGUGGAAACAUUGGAAAGAAAACAACUAAAGAAAUGUAUAUUUUCAUAUAAGAAGAAUAAUUAAAUUUAAAGGAUAUUGAAGAAACUCCAAAAUAUGCCUAAUAAACAAAAGAAUAAAAAAUUGUUAAUAAAUAAGAUUAGAGUAAAUAUUUAAUUAUUGAAAUUGAUCAAUUAACAGAUUAUUUAAGUUAAGAACCUAUUGAUUUUACUAUUUAAGUAUAUAAUGGAGAAGAACCAGCAAUUGAUUCAGAUGGUGUUAUUUGUGCUUACACAAGUCUUAAUCCAUAUUAACCUAAGCCAAAUUAUUCUGUUCCAAUUAAUGAAGCAGUUUAUUUUAAGAUGCCAAUUAAUGCAAUAAUCGAAAGAAAAUAGGGAUUGGAAAAUUAUUAAGUUUUUAUAUCCUUUUCAGAUUUAGGAUGGAUAAGUUUUUAAUUAUUUUUAAAUGGAGAAUUAAAUAGUUCAGAUUUUGUAGGUAAAUUAUUUAGAGGAGAAGUACCUGCUCCACCUGUUGAUUAUACAAAUAUGAAGAAAAUUAAUACAAAAGUUUCAUAUUAUGUUAAAUAUGAUUUAAAAUAAACUGAAGAAUUUAGAAGCAGUUUAAUUGAAGAUAGUCGAUCAGGAGUUAUGAGAAGUGAAGCUUAAAAAAACUAAUAGUCAUUACCAAGUGAAUAGGCUGCAAAAAUUGCUUCAAGAAGAACUAUGAAUUCUAAUGAUAAUUUAGAUAAAUUAUCAAUAAUGUUGAUAAAUGUUAAUGGAUUCUUAAAUAAAUCAAAACUUUAAGUAAAAGGAAUUCUUAUGAUGGAUGGAAAGACAUUAUUAGAUAAAUAUAAUAUAUCUUGUUCUUUUAAAAGUGAAAUAGUAGAUAAUGUAAAUAAAGUGGCAUUCUUUAAUAAUGCUCGUUUUACAUUUUCAGUGGAUAUACCUUCUUUAUAAAUGGAAACUUAUUUAUUUUUAUCAAUUUUAGAUGAAAAAGAGACUGUAAUUGCAUGGUUUGGAAAGAGAUUGGUAUAAGCAGUUGGAAAAGUAAAUAGAGGACAACAAUUUGAAUAUCUUUUUUCUCCUCCUUUGAUGAGACCACCAUUAGAUCAUUCAAAAAUAUAAAAUUUAUAAUAAUCAAUUCAAUUUGAAGUGAAAUGA